AUUUUGUAAUUCUGAAAGGUGGUAUCACUAAUUUGACACUUCUAAUUUGACGCUUCUGCGUUCUCUGAAGAGAUUGUUGAAUAAUUUGUGAAUGUGUUUCAAAAAUUUACUGCAAUAAUAUACUGAACUUUAUGGUAAAUAUAAUGGCUGUAGUGAAAUUAAAUGCAUCUACUUCACCUUCCAUUGAAUUAAGUUCGUACAGAGAUCAACAUUUUAAGGGAUCUAGAGCAGAGCAAGAUAGACUUCUUAGAAAUUCUUCUACCUUAUAUGUUGGUAACCUCUCUUUUUAUACUACAGAAGAACAAAUAUAUGAAUUGUUUUCCAAAUGUGGAGAUAUCAGACGUAUUAUUAUGGGAUUAGAUAAAUAUAAAAAAACUCCAUGUGGUUUUUGUUUCGUCGAAUAUUAUCAAAGAUCAGACGCAGAAAAUUGUAUGCGAUAUAUUAAUGGUACACGUCUUGACGAUAGAAUUAUUCGAACAGACUGGGAUGCUGGAUUUAUAGAAGGUAGACAAUAUGGACGUGGAAAGACAGGAGGACAAGUAAGAGACGAGUAUAGAUCUGAUUUUGAUACCGGAAGAGGAGGUUAUGGUAAGAUAAUUCAACAAAAAGUAACACCUCUCUCGGAUGGUAAUUUUGGACGGUGAAAUAAAAAUAGUCAGCAUUAUUCUAAGCUGUAUUUAUCUUUGUUCAUGAUCAGAUCCAAAAUACAUAUAAAAUAUAUUUAUAAAGAUUUAUCUUUAUAAUUGGUUACUUUUUUUUUUUAUUGAUUACU